GGAGAAUUCCGCCGCAGUGCUCGGAUAUCGGCAGCACGGCAAUUCUUGUGAUUAUUUUUUAAUUAUUGGAAACUUCAAAUAAUUGAAUGUUGGUGUAGCUUGCAAAGAGCCUGGAUCGUACACACCAUGAAGGAGGCAACAACAUGAGUUCUUGUUGUUGUUGCUUUUUUGUGUGUGUGUGUGUGUGUGUUUUUUAAACGAUUUUAAUUCACAAAUAAUAUUCGGAACCACCUUUAACACUAAAUGGAUUUAAAAAGUAAGUUUAAUCACCGUGUACAUGCAACACCUAUCACCGUACGUAUACCAUCUCACACUGUACAUGUAAUAUUUCACACGGCACUUGUGCUUGAGCAGGUUUGUGUACAUACUUGAGUCGUGAUUUUGGUGUACAUACAUACUUGAUACAUAAUUGCAUUUAAUAUUCUAAUUUUUUAAGAAUAUACUUAAGUUAAGUGAACAGACUGGGGUAAAAUAUUUAUAUCAAAUGACAUAAUCGAACAUUUUCACUAAAUGAACGAGAAAAAUUCAAUGUGUGCGUACGGCACCCCUUACUCUUCCCGUGUCAGAGAAAUCUGUUCACCCCCUUCCAGCUUGUUUAACCCCCCCCCCACACACCCAAUUCUUAACAAGGGAAAAACGCUAACAGGCUUGGCCAACAUUAAGAUAUCCAAGAUCUCUCUGAGCGAUUGAUCCCAGUUUUUUUUUUCAUGGCGUUGAAAAUCCUUGGCAACGACCCCCGGGGGGGGGGGGGGUUAUUUCUAAAGAGACUUUUAAAAAAAAAAAGGUCACAUCUCACGAGGCCGGAAUUUGGUGUUUUUUUUUGUUGGGGAAUGGGGUGGGGUGGUCGGGGCUUUUAACGUCAUCUCUCUAACGAAAACAAACCAUUUUCUUACUUGAUUCCAACACAAGCUUAAGAAAUGGAAACAAAAACAACAGCAACAACAACAAAAAAUGUCCGAGACUUGAUCGACUUUGUGUGCAGUUGCCGUAAGGUUUUCUCCGAUCUCAACCCAAGAGAUGUACUGGGUACUUCAAUACCAAGAUUUGUACCCAAAUGUAAAGACGAUGCCGCCAAUUAUAUCCAACUUAUCGGAGCGCGAUCACAAGAGUCCAAAAUCUCUAAAUAAGUGUACAAUAGUCCGAUAUCUCUAAAUAAGUGUACAAUAGUCCAAUAUCUCUAAAUAAGUGUACAAUAGUCCAAUAUCUCUAAAUAAGUGUACAAUAGUCCAAUAUCUCUAAAUAAGUGUACAAUAUUCCAAUAUCUCUAAAUAAGUGUACUAAAGUCCAAUAUCUCUAAAUAAGUGUAUUAGAGUAAAACACCUCCCACCAUGUUUACAAUAGUCCAAUAUCUCUAAAUAAGUGUACAAUAGUCCAAUAUCUCUAAAUAAGUGUACAAUAGUCCAAUAUCUUUAAAUAAGUGUACAAUAGUCCAAUAUCUCUAAAUAAGUGUACAAUAGUCCAAUAUCUCUAAAUAAUUGUACAAUAGUCCAAUAUCUCUAAAUAAGUGUACAAUAGUCCAAUAUCUCUAAAUAAGUGUACAAUAGUCCAAUAUCUCUAAAUAAGUGUACAAUAGUCCAAUAUUUCUAAAUAAGUGUACAAUAGUUCAAUAUCUCUAAAUAAGUGUACUAAAGUCAAAGAUCUUCCACCAUGUGUACAAUGGUCCAAUCGCCCUCAAACUUUUCGGUCCGCGGGCCAGAAUUUAACUCCGGACAUGCUCAAGGGGGUGGGGGGGAGGGGCGGCGGACCCGCUGCCUGAGGAAAUCCCAGUUUAUUUUCAUGCCUACAUUACUACGUCCGUUGGGCACCAUAGCGUCCGCAGGGCACCAUAGCGUCCGUAGGGCACUAUAGUGCCGGUAGGGCACUAUAGCGUCCGUGGGGCACCAUAGUGUCCGUAGGGCACUAUAGUGCCGGUAGGGGACCGUAGCGUCCGUAGGGCACCAUAAGUCAUUUUAUCGUGGAAAAAAAGGACCUAAAAUUUAGAAUUACGAAUUCGCAUUUUAAGAUAUUUAAUAAAAAAAAUUUCUUGUUGGAGUUAUGCUAAUGAAAGAAAGUGAACAAUAACUUUAUUUCCCUGCAGAGAUUCAACACUGUAUUAAUUCAAUAACUUUAUUAUCUUGAUGAAAUUCAACCCUUUUUUAAUUCAAUAACUUUAUUUCCAUGAUGGAAUUAAAAACGGAUUUAAUUUAAUUACUUUAUUUCCAUGCUAAAGUUCAACACUGUUUCAAAUCAAUAACUUUAUUUCCAUGCUGAAAUUCAACACUGUUUCAAUUCAAUAACUUAUGAAAAGCAACAGUGUUCUACUAUGUUUUCCUUGGUUUGAUAGAAAGUGUCAUUGUGAGAAAUGAAAACUUACUGACACUAUUCAAUAUUGCGCUAGUCUAGUGCAGUGCUUCUCAGCCUUCCUAAUGCCGCGACCCUUUAAUACAGUUCCUCCUGCUCUGGUGAACCCCAACCAUAAAAUUGUUUUCGCUUCUUCUUCAUAAUUAUGUGUUUUCCGAUGAUCUUAGGCAACCCCUGUGUAAGGGUCGUUCGACCCCAAAGGGGUCGCGCUUCAUAGGUUGAGAACCGUGGGUCUAGAGGGUAUGAGGUCAAAACGGCUCACUUGUGUAUAAGGGAUGUUUGUCUGUGACCACUCUGUGGCUAAUUUUGGGGUUUAUUUGAUUUUGAGGUUUGCAUACAUUACAUAACAUAAUAUAAUAUUAUGUUUUUGUUGAUGGGGUGCACUUUUGUAACCGCAACCCCCCCCCCAACACACACACACACCCUCACCGCACAUAUCUAUGCUCUUCACUCUUGAGUUUGAGUCAAUCUUUCGUUACAUACAAUGUCUAUUCGCUGACCAAAGGAACUAGCAUUGUACUUUGCAACACAGCAGCUCCUGGUGUGUCGAACGUUUCAUGGUACGCCCGGAUGCUUCAAUUGGAUAAAUGUAUAAUUAUGUGCUAGUUGAGAUGACCUCGCGGGCGAGGUUAGUCCAAUAUAAUAGUACAAUAUAAUAGUCCAAUAUAAUAGUCCAAUAUAAUAGUCCAAUAUAAUAGUCCAAUAUAAUAUUCCCAUAUAAUAGUUAAUUAUAAUAUAGUCCAAUAUAAUAGUCCAAUACAAUAGUCUAAUAAAAUAGUCCAAUGUCAUAGUCCAAUACAUAAUAGUCCAAUAUAAUAGUCCAAUACAUAAUAGUCCAACAUAAUUUUCCAAUAUAAUAAUUAAAUAUAAUUUUCCAAAAUAAUAGUCCCAUAUAAUAGUCAAAUAUAAUAGUCCCAUAUAAUAGUCAAGUAUAAUAGUCCCAUGUUAUAGUCCAAAAUAAUAGUCCAAUAUAAUAGUCCAAUAUAAUAGUCCAAUAUAAUAGUCCUAUAUAAUAGUCCAAUAUAAUAGUCCAAUAUAAUAGUCCAAUAUGAUAUUCAAAUAUAAUUUUCCUAUGUAAUAGUCCAAUAUAAUUGUCCAAUAUAAUUUUCCCAUAUAAUAGUCCUGUAUCCUUGUCCCAUAACCAUAACCUGAUUAAAGCUGUCCAAAAAAAAUUAUUUAUUUCCAUUUAUUUGGAUCAAUAAAAGAAUCUUAAUAUGACUAUUAUAAGAUAAGAUAAGAUUCUUAUAAUAAUAUAAUACAUAAUGUGAAUAUUAUAAGAUAAGAUAAGAUAUGUCGAAGAACUUUAUUUUUAUUAACUUCGCUUUUUUCGUGUGUUCGCGGCAAAAUCUCCAGAAGGCUAAAUGACCCCACUUCCCGUCAUUCUAUCGAGCUGAAACUCGGCACAUGGACUCGUUGGCGAUGACAACACAAUCUUUCAAACUGUCAGCCCCAGCCCCCACAAAUCAGUUUUCCCCAUUUUUCAGGGGGGGGGGGGCGUGAGGAACGUUAAUGCUUUGUUGAAUGGGUGCGUGUUUUGCUGUUGAGAUUAAUCGUGUAGCUGUUACCGUGUAUUUACGACAUUUCUGGGUAUGCAGUAAAAAUAAAAAUGUAUUUUUUUGGAAUUGGAAAAUGAAGGACACAUGAGAAGCGUUUUCAAUUUAUAUGACCGCUUUUUAAUAAAUUAUGACAAAUCACGUACAAUUCUAUUAUACAUGCAAGACAAAUGCGUAUAAAGAAUUGUUUAGGUACUUUAAUUUUUUUUCUUCAAGAUUUGUCCACUAUUUGUUUAAUACCGUCAAGAAUUCUAACACAUUUUUGUAAAGCCCCUCACUGGAAGGAAAGUAGCCGAUAAGCCCCUCACGACCCCUGUUCGUCCCAGCGUGUUACGUCUCAUGAUUUUGUCAUUCACAGACACACCCAGGCGCGGAUUAAACACGGAUUAGCCCGGAUUAAUCUCGGCAUGAAACAUGCAUGGGUCACCCGUCGGAGCCCGAAAACACAGCGCGGUCGCACCAAGACCGCCAGUGCAGGGGGUCACACGAUCACGUGACAUCAUAGUAUCGCCUUUGAGUCUCGACUUGAAACAUUCAUGCUGCCCCAGCGGAGCCCAAACUAUAACGCUGGGCCUCAAGACCGCCAUCAGAAAGCCUCGCUGUCAAGGGACUCUAUAGUUCCUUUUUAUGUCUUCGGAUCUCCGUGACGGUUCCUCUCUGUUGGGCAGCUUUAAAAAUCCGACAUUGUUUUGGGCGGGCGGGGCUUGGGAGAUGUCCGAUAGGAAGGCCAAGGUUUUCUUGAGGGGAGCGGAGAUGCGUGGGAGAUGUCCGAUAGGAAGGCCAAGGUUUUCUUGAGGGGAGCGGAGAUGCGUGGGAGAUGUCCGAUAGGAAGGCCAAGGUUUUCUUGAGGGGAGCGGAGAUGCGUGGGAGAUGUUCAAUAGGAAGGCCAAGGUUUUCUUGAGGGGAGCGGAGAUGCGUGGGAGAUGUCCAAUAGGAAGGCCAAGGUUUUCUUGAGGGGAGCGGAGAUGCGUGGGCAAUGUCAUGGGGGGAAAUAUCCGACCUGGGUCAAUGUCUCGUAUGUGGGCAUUUGCUAACUCUUGGACACGUGAAUGGUCAGACUAACGAAAUCCCGCCCCAUUGUGUGAAAUGCCGUACGUGUAUCCAUUGUCUUAGAUGUUUACAAUUGUCGUAAUUGUUUGACGUUGACUCCAUUUUCGUAAAUGUCUCCUUUCUUGGGUACAGUAUUGUCUCAAUUUUGGGGUACAGUAUUUCCUUUCUCGCGUACAGUAAUAUCUCUUUUCUUGAGUACAGUAUUGUCUCCUUUCUUGGGUACAGUAUUAUCUCCUUCCUUGGGUACAGUAUUGUCUCCUUCCUUGGGUACAUUAUUGUCUCCUUCCUUGGGUACAGUAUUGUCUCCUUCUUUGGGUACAGUAUUGUCUCCUUCCUUGGGUACAGUAUUGUCUCCUUCCUUGGGUACAGUAAUGUCUCCUUCCUUGGAUACAGUAUUGUCUCCUUUCUUGGGUACAUUAUUGUCUCCUUCCUUGGGUACAGUAUUGUCUCCUUCCUUGGGUACAGUAUUGUCUCUUUCCUUGGGUACAGUAUUGUCUCCUUUCUUGGGUACAUUGUUGUCUCCUUCCUUGGGUACAGUAUUGUCUCCUUCCUUGGGUACAGUAUUGUCUCCUUCCUUGGGUACAGUAUUGUCUCCUUCCUUGGGUACAGUAUUGUCUCUUUCCUUGGGUACAGUAUUGUCUCCUUUCUUGGGUACAUUAUUGUCUCCUUCCUUGGGUACAGUAUUGUCUCCUUUCUUGGGUACAUUAUUGUCUCCUUCCUUGGGUACAGUAUUGUCUCUUUCCUUGGGUACAGUAUUGUCUCCUUCCUUGGGUAAAGUAUUGUCUCCUUCCUUGGGUACAGUAUUGUCUCUUUCCUUGGGUACAGUAUUGUCUCCUUUCUUGGGUACAGUAUUAUCUUUUAUCCAUUGUCGUUAUCGUGUUCCCAAGUAUUGAACAAAUAAUAAUUCUGCCGUGAAUAAAAUAAAACAUCAAUUUUUCAUCCCCAAUAGAUUUACAAAAGAUCUGGCUCAUCGCUGCCCUCGUCGUGUCAGUGUGCAUCAUCAUACGACAGCACUACCUCCUGGCGGCAACAUCCCAGCAUGCGCUGCCACUUCCGCCAUCUCUGGUAGUCAACAUCGCGCCACUGGUCGGGGCCGAGAAAAACUUGCAAGGGAAUGAAUCCUCGAAAUUAUUGUGAGUUGUCUCCCCAUUUCUUUCAGAACUGAAGCAUUUAUAAAGUGGUUAUAACUGUUGUUUGUUUGUUUUGAAUGGUGUCGGUGGUGUUGGUCUCAGCUGUGUGGGUAAUGUCAGUGUUUUCCCGGUGGUGGUAGUGGAUUGUGGUAGACAUCAAGUAGUGGGGAGGCUAAGGUGAGCUAAAUUGAAUUUAUGAAAAAUCAAGGUUUAAAAAGCAAUGAAACAAUGCAAACAUGGUUGUCGAGGGCGUCGAGCCUACAGUAAAGUAAAGGUGCGCUGAUGACCCAACGUGACAGGCGAUCAUAUAAAUUGGCAUGUGGAGGCCACGCCCCUAACUGUACCAAAGUCAGAGUGUGAAGUCAGAUUUGCCAGGCGUGGCCGCUGGAGACCAUCCCAUCCAAUGACUCAAUUUAAUUGGCUCUUAUCAUUUUUAUUGCCGGAAAACCCAUGAAAUAUUUUUUUUUUUAAUAUACGGCCGCCUUGCCGGUGUGUGUUUACUGUAAAACCGUAUCUAAUGAAUUUUUUUUUCUCUUUGCCUUUUACUUUGCAAGGGGGCGGUAUGCAUUCAAAAAUACAUUUUUCGCACCCUCCGGUCUCUUGCACUCUUCACUAACUCUUCACCAUUUAAAGCGAGACUUUUCACUCUACGCCAGGUGUUUUUUUUUUUCUGUGUUUGUUUUUUGUUGUUGUUUUUUUUUGGCCUUCUCCCUGACACCUUGUUUCUUUAGGUUAAUCCUACCUGUGCUUGCCUAGUUAUUGGAAAGUUAAUUUCGACUGACGAACUAUAGGAAAUCCGAUACCUGUAAUACCUGUAAUACCUGUAGACAUAACUUCAGCACCGAGCCUAUUGAAUGGGUGCAGCCAGCCCAGGACAGAGCCAGGUGAAGAACAGCUUUCAAGAGUGGGGUUCAAUCUCAUGAAGCCAGUAGGAUAGCGACAGCUGAGACGCGCAGGUUAACCCCCCAAAAAAGACAACCUUCGACCACUCAAUACAGCAACUAUCCCUCGCCCGCGGUGCCAGAGACUAUUCCGAGCAUGGAUCGGACUAGCAGGCCACCUACGAUCUCACCGUGACACUCUCCCCCCCCCCAACAAUAAAUCGGAUGACCAGAUGGUAUGUGUCGAUCUUGACAGAAAAACGAGAAAAAAGAGGAAGGUCUAGCGACACACACAAAUUAGACCAUGAUGGUGACGUCGAAGGGCUAUGUGAUUAAAUUUACCGUAGUGGUUAGCAGCAGCGGACGAUGGUGAUGUAUUGUAAAUCGCGAUAUCAUUGAACAGCAAAUGAUGGUGUUGACACUCUAUGAACAGCAAAUGAUGGUGUUGACAAUCCAUGAACAGCAAAUGAUGGUGUUGACACUCUAUGAACAGCAAAUGAUGAUGUUGACACUCCAUGAACAGCAAGUGAUGGUGUUGACGCUCCAUGAACAGCAAAUGAUGGUGUUGACACUCCAUGAACAGCAAGUGAUGGUGUUGACGCUCCAUGAACAGCAAAUGAUGGUGUUGACACUCCAUGAACAGCAAAUGAUGGUGUUGACACUCUAUGAACAGCAAAUGAUGGUGUUGACACUCCAUGAACAGCAAAUGAUGGUGUUGACACUCUAUGAACAGCAAAUGAUGGUGUCGACACUCUAUGAACAGCAAAUGAUGAUGUUGACACUCCAUGAACAGCAAAUGAUGGUUUUGACACUCCAUGAACAGCAAAUGAUGGUGUUGACGCUCUAUGAACAGAAAAUGAUGAUGUUGACACUCCAUGAACAGCAAAUGAUGGUGUUGACACUCUAUGAACAGCAAAUGAUGGUGUUGACACUCUAUGAACAGCAAAUGAUGGUGUUGACACUCUAUGAACAGCAAAUGAUGGUGUUGACGCUCUAUGAACAGCAAAUGAUGGUGUUGACACUCCAUGAACAGCAAAUGAUGGUGUUGACACUCCAUGAACAGCAAAUGAUGAUGUUGACACUCACAGCUGACCAUUUGUCAUCGCGCGCCUUCUAUGACCACUCACUUUUGUCAAUACAACUUUGAGCCAAUUACGACCUUCUUUUUCAACUAUAUAUUAAGGGCCCACGAUCAAUUUUUUGAUCAUUUUGGCUCCUAUGCAUGUAGCGGGGAUUUGCAAUGUUUCUGUGCCUGGUGUUGAUUUCACUGAUUGCAAAUGCUACUUUGUGAGGUAUCAUGCCCCUGGGGCUCGAGGCAAUAAAUGCAGAUUUGUCUAGUGUUGUCGCCUCAACUGUUCCUUUUGAAAGCAUGUUCUAGAUUUUCUUGGGCAGGAAUGGGCCAUUCCUAUACUGGCUUCUCGCUGGUGUGAGCCGGAAUAGCCUGUCAUAGUCUCAACGCUGUCUAUGGGGGAGAGGGACGAGUUUCUGUUUAAAGCUGGAUCAGUGGACAAGCCCAUUAUUUAUUUUUUACAUCAUGGAGAGCCUGGAUAGUCGUCGUCGUUCCUCCAAUGGUGACCAGCCCAGUGUUUCCAGCAUGCUGCCAUCACUAGAUGUAUUCCUGUAGCGGUUCAAGAUAAAGCGUGCUGCCCGUCGCUGGACCGCCUCCAACCUGUCGAUGCUCUUUAUCCUUUUACGACUUGAUGCAAUUACGACGUGACGCGCCUCUUGACCUUGACGGGUCUACUUUCACUAUUUCACGUACAGUUUGUGUCUUCAAAUGUCCUUGACCCGUGCCGCCCUCCGACUUUGUGAGUGCAACUUAAAAAUGGCUCCGAGGCGUAGCGAAAGACUGUGGCGUCAUGAGUUUCCUUGUGAAGCGGAUUUGCUAGAUUUUGUGGCGCCCUGUGCGGGCUUUGUUUUUUUUACCGCCCUUAAUUUACAAAAAAAAAAAAAACACACUUAAACAUAAGCAGAAUAAAUAAUAUGAAGUUAGCGGGGAAAUGCCACCUCAAAAUAGUGGCGCCUAACAUAGUGACGCAUCAGUAUAGUGCCAUCUUGUUUCCGUAAAAGUGAAAUUAUGCUUUCAUCUGUCAUGUUUCAAUUGUCAUAUGUAGAUGGUAGAAUGUAAGAAGGGGCGGGGCGCUGAAAAAAAGGGGAGGGGCCAAAUUUGGAUAAUAUGGGAUGAGAGGGAUAACCUAGAUGGGAGAAAGAGGUUAAAGUAGGCGCUAAUAGGUAAGUAUGGGAUAGAUUGGUGGGUAGUAUUGAUGGGACGGGAUCAAGCUACGAGAGUGGAUGGGGAUUGAGUGGUUAUGGACAUGGUCUCAGAGUGAGGUGAGAUAGAGGUGAGAGAGAGAGAGGUGAGGUAGAGAGGUGAGAGAGAGGUGAGGUAGAGGUGACAGAGAUGUGGGAAAGGAGUGAGAGAGAGGUGAGGGUGAGGUGAGAGGGUGGUGAGAGAGUGGUGAGAUAGAGGUACGAGAAAGGUGUGAGAGGGUGGGAGAUAGAGGUGAGAGAGAGGUGAGAUAGGGAUUAGAGAGAAUUGAGAGUGAGGUGAGAUAUGGGUGAGAGAGAGGUGAGAGAGGGGUGAGAGAGGGGUGAGAGGGUUAAGAGAGGGUCAGAGAGUGAGGAAGGGGUAAGAGUAAGGUGAGGGAGGGGUGAGAGAGCCGUGAGAGAGGGGUACGAAUAAGGUGAGAGAGGGGUGAGAGAGGGGUGAGAAGAGAGGGGUGAGAGGGAGUUAGAGAGGAUUAGAAGGGAGGGUGAGAGUGAGGUGAGAUACGGGUGAGAGAGUGGUGAGAGAGAGGUGAUGUAUGGCCAACUAGCCCAAUUUUUACUGACACUAAUGAGUUGGUGCGAUUGUGUGUACUGAACUAUUGGGCAUGCUCAUAACCCGAAUCAUCGUUCGUUAACCGAGACAAAAAAAGUGUUCUCCAAAACGUGUUCGUCAACCGGGGCGUUCGUAAUACGAGGAUCCACUGUAUUAAAUUCUCUUCUCACUGCGCUACUUUAUACGAUAGUGUAUAAUCCACAACUGAACUCCUCCCCCCCCCCUCCCCUUAAACCCCACCUGAUAAGGACAAGUUUUUACCAUGCCGCCCCCGCUCCUUUCCUUUCCUGUACCCAUGAGAUAACGUUGAUACAAAACAGUCCAUACCUCUAGCUCCCAGUCAACGAGAACGUUACAUUCUGGUCUUGAAUCAAGAUUGAACCGUGCCGAUAAUUGCCUUGUGUACACUUCAAUGUCACAACAAGGUCAUCUAUCCACUCCACUGGACGUCGUUUCAACCGUUGAGUGUUUUCCCACAAUCUUUGUCCCCAAUUUUUUUUUUUUAAACAACACAAUUGUUAUCGCACGUCUUAUAAGCUACUAUUAUUGCACCUUUUAUAAGCUGCAAUUACUUUCGAUUCUCUUAUUUCAUAUAAUAUCAAUGCAGUUUUGUAACAUUUACUUUUUUUUUUUUGGGAGGGGGGGGGAAGUAGUACGCGCUUUCAGGGGCGUCGCAAGCAAAGCUUUUACCCGUUAAAAUUCCUGAAUUUAGGAGCCCUCUUCCUCCCCCCCCCCCGAAAAAGAAUGUUUAAUACACAUAUUUCGCAUAAAAAGUGAAGAUUUUGAUGCACCCAGAAGAGGGCUCAAAGCUUUUACCCGUUAAAAAUCCCGAAUUUAGGGGCCCUCCUCCUCCCCCCCCCCCCCCGAAAAAGAAUGUUUAAUACACAUAUUUCGCAUAAAAAGUGAAGAUUUUGAUGCACCCAGAAGAGGGCGCCCGGGUCACGUCAUCACCUCUAUCUAACCCCUCAUUCGCACGGCCCUAAACGCCCCUGAGGUAUAGAUUUGCAUAGUCUGAAAAUACAAGCGUUUCCAAAGGUUGCUUACUGAAAGGUUGUCUUACUUAAAGGUAGUCUUACUGAAAGGUUGUUUUACUGAAAGUUUGUCUUAUUGAAAGGUUGUCUUACUGAAAGGUUGUCUUAUUGAAAGGUUGUCUUAUACUUAAAAGUUGUCUUACUGACAGGUUGUCUUACUGACAGGUUGUCUUACUGAAAGUAUGUCUUACUGAAAGGCUGUCUUACUGAAAGUUUGUCUUAUUGAAAGGUUGUCUUACUGAAAGGUUGUCUUAUUGAAAGGUUGUCUUAUACUUAAAAGUUGUCUUACUGAAAGGUUGUCUUACUGAAAGGCUGUCUUACUGAAAGUUUGUCUUACUGAAAGGUUGUCUUACUUAAAGGUAGUCUUACUGAAAGGCUGUCUUACUGAAAGGUUGUCUGACUGAAAGGUUGUCUGACUGAAAGGUUAUCUCACUGAAAGGUUGUCUCACUGAAUGGUUGUCUCACUGAAAGAUUGUCUCAUUGAAAGGUUGUCUUACUGAAAGGUUGUCUUACUCGAACGGUUGUCUCACUGAAAGGUUGUCUCACUGAAAGAUUGUCUCAUUGAAAGGUUGUCUUACUCGAAAUGUUGUCUCACUGAAAGAUUGUCUCACUGAAAGGUUGUGUAACUGAAAGGUUGUCUCAAUGAAAGGUUGUCUCACUGAAAGAUCGUCUCAGUGAAAGUUUUUCUCACUGGAAGGCUUUCUUACUGAAAGGUUGUCUUACUCGAACGGUUGUCUAACUGAAAGGUUGUCUCACUGAAAGAUCGUCUCACUGAAAGGUUGUUUAACUUUCGAAAAGUUGUCUUACUGAAAGUCUGUUUCACUGAAAACUUGUCUAACUGAAAGGUUUUCUCACUGGAAGGCUGUCUUACUGAAAGAUUUUCUCACUGAAAGGUUGUCUCACUGAAAGUUUUUCUCACUGAAAGGCUGUCUUACUGAAAGGUUUUCUCACUGAAAGGUUGUCUCACUGAAAGUUCUUCUCACUGGAAGGCUGUCUUACUGAAAGGUUUUCUCACUGAAAGGUUUGGCUCACUGAAAGGUUGUUUCACCGAAAGCUUGUCUCACUGAGAUUUAUUUCUUGGCUAACAUACGACAAGAAUGAGGAUAUUUGAUGACGAUGAAUGUGCCAUGGGCGUAGCCCGCCCCCACCCCACCCCCCCACCCCCGCCCCCGACUGUUAAACGGGGGUAUCACAUGGCACACUCGAUUCGCUGAUUACCUUCAUCAUUUCGGUCGUCCUUGAAUGAUUAUUUCAGUGACGGAAGUGAUAAGGCGACGGGUCUGUAUAAUCUAAUCUUAUUUUCAAUACAAUGUCCACAAUAGUAAUUAGAAUUAUCACACAAAGCUUUACAUACCCCUUAAUACGGUGUCACGUACCGUUAUGGGUACACAGAUUAAAUCUGUGCUAAUAGUUUGGAUCGUGCAACAAACAAUGUGUAAGGAAAGACUGAUCUAAAGAAAGACUAUGCCACAGCUAGGGAUACUAAAAAUUACUUUAAUUAUAUAAAUACAUUUUUACCAAUACAAAUGUAAGUACGGAAGCAAAAAGUGUAUCAACUUACAGCAUGUGAAAAAUAAAAAGUACAAUCUUCAAAAAAUAAAUUAUAUUAUUUUAUAAACACAAUUUUAAAAAACGGCUCGUAAGUCUAUUUAUAAGGCUCACUAAGUCUACAUCUAAGUUAAUCUCGGUAAGUCUAAGUCUUGGAAAGUCUAUCUGAUAAGAAAUCUGGCGUUUUUAAUUUAUUAAUUAAAUCUGAACGUUCUACUACUGAAAAUCUAGAAAUCGCGUCGCAUAUUGCCAUUUUGAGAAAAAAAUGAGAACGCAAUCGAACGUAAACAAACUUUAUAGCAGAGCUAUAUACCAAAAUGUAUAGUCUUCAAAACGAACGCGAAUAUUUUAAACAAAAGUGAUUUAUUUAAAAUAACUUUAUAGUUUGCAUGGCUACACUCUUUCAAUUUUUUUACAAUAAUUUUGUGGGUCUGGUAAUGUAAACUAAAAAUUGUUGAAAAGUCAAGAGACGAAAAAAAAGUGGCGGUGUUUAGCUUCCGUGUCAGCAGUACACUGAGAUGAAGUCAUCACUUUUUUAGCACGUCGCUGCGAUGGGUUGUCAUGGACGCUGCGGUUACUGGUUGCCGUGACGUCACAGCGUACGAAAAGCAACAUGAUUGGGGAGUGAUCAUUGUUACAAAUGUGCCGCAAGAAACACUGGGUUGCAGGUACGUAAACACACACACACUCUCGAACCUACGCACGCGCGCACACAAACAUUCACACACACACACACACAAGUGUUAUAAUAAACACAUAAAUAUAAGAUGAAAUAUACAAAGUGCCUAAUAACACAAUUAGCUAAUCAACUCUACAUGUUUGUUUAUCAAUUCAAAGUCUCUGUCUAUGUCCUCGACAUGUUAACUAGACAACGUCUCGUGUAUCUUCCCACAGAGCGCCCAAAUGCCUCCAGCUGACCAGUGCCACGGUCACGACCGACUUACGCCACUUUGAGACCUCCCAUCUCCUCGGCCACCCACAUCUGUUAUCUGGGUACCUCUGGGCCGUGACGAGAGGCGCCACGUCGAUCCUGCGCGUCGACUGCCCGUCCUUACCCUUGGCCGAUAUCACAAGGACCUUGAGACGAGCAGACGAGCAUCCAUCCGGUUUGUGGUACAACUCGAGCACCGUCUUCAUCGCGUCACAAUAUUGGGCGCAACCGAUGACCCUCGAUAAAAUUGACGGGAGAAAGUCCACAGAAGUCAAGGGCGAUCAAUCCAAGUAUCCAACAUCGGAUAUGUUUCACUUGGGUGACCUCAGGGACGUUUCGAUCCGCCAUGUUGUUUGUGUUCCAAACGCUAAACAAACGCCAAACCCGGAAAGUGAUAAGCGCGGAAAUUUGGCGCCCGUUGUCGUGGGUCCAGAUGUAAUUGCGCCCCUCCCUGUUGGGCCCACACUUUUCCUGAAAAAUUCUUUCUACUACAUGUUUAAACCCCUUGAUGCGGAUGAUUCUCAACUCAAAUUAUUUGAGGCUCUCUGGGUUCACGAACUGAAAAGGUUGAGACUCGUUAACGUGGCCUUCUACCCGUCGACAGCGCCUCGUUCUGAAAACUCCGAUCUUUGUUUUUCUAACGCCAAGGACGACACACUCGGUGUCGUCAAAUUACGAACCAUGGUUGAAUGUGUUCAAGCCGGAGAGUGCGAGCACGCGUCAGACGCCCAAGAGUGUGUGGUGCAGAAGGCUCAGACCGUUCUUGGUUGUUUGAACUUCCAUCCAAGUUCCAUCGCCAAAAAUGUGGAGCUGCUGAAAGCCUGGUUGAGAGACUUGCAUUCACUGAGAUUACCAACAAUUCGCCCACAGCCGGUUCCGGUGAAAAACGCUUUCAAGAUCAAAUACAGAGUGGGUGCGAGUUUUUCCGGACACUUGACACAACUGAGUCAAAUGGCCACACGUAUUUCCCAAUCAAUGUCCGAGGUGUGCUCAGAUCAUUUCAAACCAAGGCUCAACUUCCUCGACGCCAUGUUACAUCCGGUCAUGGACGACGUCUUGCUCAUCGUCGUCAUCAAUUACGAAUCAUUGUUCCGGAACGUGCCGUACACGGAGUUCAUGCACAGACCUUACUUCAAGCAUAUCUUAUACUGCGGGCCCUCGGCGGACCACUUCGCGAGUUUCGCGGGCGAUCUUGGCCUCACUUACGUCAGCUACGUGGAAGGUUUGACCCAUGGCUGGUACCUCAUGUACGAGUGCGUCACACACGGGAUGAAGCUGGGACUUCCAGUUAAAGGUUACCUGCAGAUCGGGGAGGACGUCCUCCUCAACACCUGGAAGCUUGUCGGUCUUCCACGCGACCGGAUUUGGAUGCCAGCCGGGUUCACCAGAAGGAAGUUACACGACACGAGGCGCGUACACAACUGGGUGCAUUGGAACUCUCCCAUGGGUCAACGGGCGGCCAUCCAAGUGUUCUCGGAGAUCCGAAAUGCCUCCGGCGAUACAUCCCUUGGGAACCACACGCGAGGGUUUCGAGGCUUCGCCAAAAGGUUCUUGGCGAACUACGAGCACAACAUCGGGUUGGGAUCCAUCAUCCACCGCGCGACCGACAUCUUCUACGUCCCGGAUGUCCUGAGGGACGAUUACAUCACGGCGUCCGAGCUGUUCCGACGUCACGGGUCGAUGAUCGAGAUCGCACUUCCCGUCAUCCACUACGGACUCGCCAGGAAGGAAGAGGUGGUGUACAUGUCGGGGUCCAGCCUGUGGGGGAAGGACAGGACGAGCCCGUGGACGCACUACGACCCUGCCAGGCAGUUCUUCAUCCACCCGUUCAAACUGUUGCGUCACACCUCACAACUGGACGGGAGGCGAUUCUUUUGUCAAACUUUUCUCCCUAGACACGAGCGUGGCCUAAUGCACCAAUCAGCAUUCAAUACCACGAACAGUCUAAAAAAUUCGUAGAUGUUUAAACCUAUCAUUUAACUCGACUUGGGGGAGGUGGGGGGGGUGGUUACUGUGUGUCGUUCUUGAACCCUUUUGAGCACAUUAUUCCUCUGGGCUCCCGACAUCCUACCGAAACGUAAUUUACCACACGUUCAUUUUACUACAUGUCCAAGUUACCACACGUCCAAGUUACCACACGUCACAGUUACCACAUGUCCAAGUUACCACACGUCACAGUUACCACAUGUCCAAGUUACCACACGUCCCAGUUACCACACGUCCAAGUUACCUCACGCCCCAGUUUUCUCACGUCCCAGUUACCACACGUCCCAGUGACCAAAGGACACCGUGUUAGUCUUAUCACAUGUUUGCUCU